UUGUCCCCGCAAGCCGUGCCUUUAGAUCUAAAACUUCAUUGAGCCCUUCUUUCAUCUAUUAGACAAAUCUUCUUUCAUCUUCCCCACUCUUGCGGCUCACCACUUCAAAAUCUACUCUUGUGGCUCUCGGAAUGCCAUGACUAUAAUAGACUCCGACAAGACUCUUAUUUGCCUCCGCAACGCCUGCAAUUUCGUCGGCAACCUCGUCAGGUUAAAAGGGCAGUUUCUUUUCGUCAACACCAACACCCUUUUCGACGAAAUCAGCGAGGAAAUGACGAAAGCUAUUGGGAUUAAGAAUGACAAGUCGUGGCGUCUUGAAGGCUUUUUAACAAACAGUUCGAGUCCCAAAAAGUUUCGCGGCCGGAAUAAGAAGUUGAACUUAGGAGCCAUUCACGCUCCUGAUUGUGUGGUGAUUUUCGAUACGGAGAGGAAGUCUUCGGUUAUUUUGGAGGCUGAAUGGUUGCAAGUUCCGAUUGUGGGGCAUGUUGAUUCGAGUAUGCCGUGGGAAACUUAUAAGAAGAUUACUUAUCUGAAAAAUGAAGACUGCACAAGGGGCAGAUGAUUUAACCGCUGGGACUCGGUGUGAACUCUACUAAUUUUACUUUUUGUGUUCAUUUUUGAAGAAAGAAGAUUUCUCUCUGAAUAGAUGAAAGAGAGACUCAAUGAACUUUUAGAUCUAAGGGCACGGUUUGCGAGGGAA